AGCUCUGCUAGAGAAGCUGAGGCAAGAUGGCGACUAAAAUAAGCAAAGACAGUCCCCCUCCUUUUGAUUGUCCAUCAUGGGCAGGCAAACCGCCCCCUGGGCUCCACCUGGACGUGAUGAAGGGGGACAAACUGAUAGAGAAACUGAUCAUAGAUGAAAAGAAGUACUACCUAUUUGGGAGGAACCCCGACUGGUGCGACUUCACCAUUGACCAUCAGUCGUGCUCUCGUGUUCACGCUGCACUAGUCUAUCACAAACACCUGAAAAGGGUCUUCCUCAUAGACCUCAACAGCACACACGGUACUUUCCUUGGACACAUUCGGCUGGAGGCCCACAAGCCUCAGCAGGUUCCCAUAGACUCUACAAUAUCUUUUGGGGCCUCAACACGGACUUACACCAUCAGAGAGAAACCUCAAACCCAAGGCAGUGCUGGCACAGGGGACAGCAAGACAGGAGAUGAUGAGGAGCUGAAAGGACUGCUCGGGCUUCCAGAAGAAGAGACAGAACUGGAGAACCUGACAGAGUUCAACACAGCUCACAACAAGCGCAUCUCCCUCCUCACCAUUGAGGAAGGCAACCUGGAAAUCCAGAGGCCCAAGAGGAAACGAAAAAAUUCCAGAGUUACCUUCAGUGAAGAAGAUUCCAUCAUUAAUCCAGAGGAUAUAGACCCCUCUGUUGGGCGCUUCAGAAAUAUGGUGCAGACUGCUGUCAUCCCUAUAAAGAAACGGAGAUUAGAGGGCCAGAACACUUUGGGUUUUGAUGACUUGACUUCAAAACGCAUGCACGGCUACGGCUUUGGUGGUGGUCUCUAUGGGGACUUGCCUCCCACCAGUCAUGAGAACCAGCCGAUAGGAGCUCCAGGAGGUGUUGCCAUGCAAGGAGGGCUUCCUCUCCCUUUCCCUAACCCAGCACCAGAGGUAGACCUGGCCCCUGAGGCUCCACAGCCACCUGUCACUCUCAACCCCACACCUGUUACAGCUCCUUACCUACCGGAGACCCACAACGAGCCACGAAAAAAGAAGUAUGCCAAAGAAACUUGGCCAGGCAAGAAACCCACCCCUUCACUACUCAUCUAACCAGUUUCUCAAAGCUGCUGACUCUCAGGUUACCAGCAGAAACAUCAGGGACUGUGACCUGGACGAGAUGGAGCCAUUCACUUCCAUUUUUUUUGUUGUUUUCUAUUUUGUUUUUUUCUUUUAAUUUGUCGUGUACUCGUUGUCAUUACAAGAAGUCAUCACACAAGUUCUGUUUUGGUCUGUCACAAGAUGUGUCUGCAUCUGUUAAACUGGUAGCUGAUAAGUAGAAGCUUAUUGAUUGCAAAGAAAUUUAAAAUACAUUUAAAGGACUUCACAUCUGAGGCUCAAAGUGGCAGGUAUGGUUAUCUGAGUGAUUCUUUACGAAGAUAUGGUGGGUCAUCGAGUUAUGUUUUUGACGAAUUUGAUGUAAGGUUGUAUUUUUUCUACAAUUUCAAUAUUUUUUUCACUUCUUUAGAAUGUUGAAAAUACUAUUAAAGGAAAGCGAAACGUACUUUUCUAUCAGAUUUUACUGUGAUGAGUCAGGGGGGCCAGAGAUUGCAGAUAUGAACUGAAUUUCUGUCAAAACACAGGGCUGAUUUUUAUCAUGAAAACAUAUAAUACAAGUGUAUUAUUGACUGCAAGCUUUUCAUUCCAUAUAUUAGACCAGCAUCAUAUGAACCAAAGUGUCCUGCAUUUUUUCCAACAACCCACUAGGUGGUGGCUUGUGCAUUUUCAGUGACACUGGCUACACAGUUACAGAAAUCAUCGUUAUAUAUGUGGCAUCACAUGAAAGUGGAGCUUCAAGCUUCUAAACGUUCACAUGUCGCUGAUAAGCUAUUUGCCCUGUCCAAACAGUAUUCCGAACAUAUUUGUUCUUUGGCUUUUUCAAGUAUAUUACUUUUAAAUGGUUUGUUGCCCACUUUUCCACCACAGGUGUACUCUCACACUUUUGUUCUGCUCGGCAUUUAAGUGAACUUUUGCUAAGCACUAACAGAAUACAGCUGAGUAGACACUAGCACAAGAACAAAUACCAACUUAAAAGGCAAAAUAAAAGGUUAGUAAAAAGAGAAUUAGGAUUUAAACUAUUCUAAAUGUCACGUAGCAUGUUAGCAUCUCUCACAUGAAACAGUACAGUGCAGUUUAUACAACGUAUUACUGUUUUGAACAAAUCCAGUAUCAGUUAAAAGUUCUCUGUGUCAAACAGGUAAUCAGCUGGCUGUAGCUGGUUAAUAAAGACUGUGGCCAUGUUUAAGUCCACCAUUAAAUUGUGUUAUAUCUUAUAUAGUAUAGUGGUUUGGAUUUUUCUCUUUCAAAUGUGGACAGAACAGCCGUAGUAGUAAUUGAGAGGAGAGGGUAAGUGAUUUGUAGCAAAGGUUCCUAGCUGGAAUCACAGAUUAAAUGCUGUGGUCUCAGCGCAACAUGCAUUCUGACCACAAGGCUGCCACAUAACAUUGUUGUUUCUUUUUGAUGUGGUGCCUGGUCUGACAUCGGCCAAAAAGUCAAGUCAAGUCGGCUUGAGGUUAUUUCUGCAUGAGGCAGCGACAGAAGAUGCAAUGCAUUUUGGGAGUUUUCACAGGGAAUUCAAGUGAUCAGUUAUUAGGAUCUUAAAUCAGCGAAAGGUUGGCAAUCUGAGAUAAAAGAAAGAGGACGUCAUUUCAUUUUUAUACAACCUGUACUGGUGACUUUUUGUCCUUGUGGGUGUGUGGAUUUUGUAACAUGACUGUAAAUAAAAGAGUACUUUUGA